AAAAUAGCCCUUACACAGCCUGGAGGUGUGUUCGGUCAUUGCCCUGUUGAAAAACAAAUGAUAGUCCCACUAAGCCCAAACCAGAUGGGAAGGCAUAUCGCUGCAGAAUGCUGUGGUAGCCAUGCUGGUUAAGUGUGCCUUGAAUUCUAAAUAAAUCACAGCUACUGUCACCAGCAAAGCACCCCCACACCAUAACACCUCCUCCUCCAUGCUUUACGGUGGGAAAUACACAUGCGGAGAUCAUCCGUUCACCCACACCGCGUCUCACAAAGCCCCGGCGGUUGGAACCAAAAAUCUCAAAUUUGGACUCCAGACCAAAGGACAGAUUUCCACCAGUCUAAUGUCCAUUGCUCGUGUUUCUUGUCCCAAGCAAGUCUCUUCUUAUUGGUGUCCUUUAGUAGUGGUUUCUUUGCAGCAAUUCGGCCGUGAAGGCCUGAUUCAUGCGGUCUCCUCUGAACAGUUGAUGUUGAGAUGUAUCUGUUACUUGAACUCUGUGAAGCAUUUAUUUGGGCUGCAAUUUCUGAGGCUGGUAACACUAAUGAACUUAUCCUCUGCAGCAGAGGUAACUCUGGGUCUUCCUUUCCAGUGGCUGUCCUCAUGAGAGCCAGUUUCAUCAUAGCGCUUGAUGGUUUUUGCAACUUCACUUGAAGAAACGUUCAAGUUCUUGAAAUUUUCCGGAUUGACUGACCUUCAUGUCUUAAAGUAAUGAUGGACUGUCGUUUCUUUUUGCUUAUUUGAGCUGUUCUUGCCAUAAUAUGGACUUGGUCUUUUACCAAAUAGGGCUAUCUUCUGUAUACCACCCCUACCUUGUCACAACACAACUGAUUGGCUCAAAGGAAAUAAAUUCCACAAAUUAACUUUUAAGAAGGCACACCUGUUAAUUGAAAUGCAUUCCAGGUGACUAUCUCAUGAAGCUGGUUGAGAGAAUGCCAAGAGUGUGCAAAGCUGUCAUCAAGGCAAAGGGUGGCUACUUUGAAGAAUCUCAAAUAUAAAAUAUGUUUUGAUUUGUUUAACACUUUUUUGGUUACUACAUGAUUCCAUAUGUGUCAUUUCAUGGUUUUGAUGUCUUCACUAUUAGUCUACAAUGUAGAAAAUAGUAAAAAUAAAGAAAAACCCUUGAAUGAGUAGGUGUGUCCAAACUUUUGACUGGUAGUGUAUGUUUGUGUCUGUACUAUAUGCCUCUAAAUGGAUGAGUGUGUACGCAUGUCUGUCCCAGGUCUACAGAUGGAGAUGACUGCUCCAGUCCUGGUGAGGAUCCCUGAGGAGACCAGGAUGUGGGAACCAGCCAUCUACACCCUCAGCUUCCUGCUUCCAGCAGCCUAUCAGGAGAGGCCUCCCACACCCACCAAUGACAAGGUGAGCCUGGCCCACCAACCCUCCAAUCAGAAAUAGGUGGAAUGAACACAUCACACAAUUCAUAUUAUUAUGUAUGCCAUUUAGCAGAGGCGUUUAUCCAAAGCCACUUACAGUAGUAGUGAGUACAUAUAUUUCUAGUAUGUGAGUGUGUGAUCCCUACGGGAAUUGAACCCACGAACUUGGCGUUCCUAGCGCUACACUCUUACCAACUGAGCUACACAGACUUGACUCCAGUGAUAUUGUCAACAGAUGAUGAAUCAAGAUGUUAUCUUCUGCUGUACAGCUAUGGAUAUGAGAAGGUGCUCACAGGUGCUUGUCUGCUUCUCUACAUACACUAUCUAUGAGGACACCCCUUCAAAUUAGUGGAUUCGACCUCACUAAUGCUCUUGUGGCUGAAUGGAAGCAAGUCCCCGCAACAAUGUUCCAACAUCUAGCGGAAAGCCUUCCCAGAAGAGUGGAGGCUGUUAUAGCAGCAAAGGGGGGACCAACUCCAUAUUAAUGCCCAUGAUUUUGGAAUGAGAUGUUCGAGGAGCAGGUGUCCACAAACUUUUGGACAUAUAGUGUACCUACACUGAGUGGACAAAACAUUAAGAACACCUGCUCUUUCCAUGACAUAGACUGACCAGGUGAAAGCUAUGAUCCAUUAUUGAUGUCACUUGUUAAAUCCACUUCAAUCAGUGUAGAUGAAGGGGAGGAGACCGGUUACAGAAGGAUUUUUAAGCCUUGAGACAAUUGAGACAUGGAUUGUGUACGUGUGCCAUUCAGAGGGUGAAUUGGCAAGACAAAAUAUUUAAGUGUCUUUGAACGGGGUAUGGUAGUAGGUGCCAGGCUCGCCGGUUUGUGUCAAGAAUUGCAACGCUGCUGGGUUUUUCACGCUCAACAGUUUCCCGUGUGUAUCAAGAAUGGGAAGCAUUGGAAUCAUCAUGGGCCAGCAUCCCUGUGGAACACUUUAGACACCUUCUGUUGUUCUAAUGUUCUAGAGUUCUUUCUUUCUGAGGGGAUAAUGACUUGAAUUGUAUGGAAUUGUGCCAUGUCAUUAUGUCUGUGUGAAGUGAUCUAGGAUCAGAUUACCCCCCUAUGGAAUUGUGCCAUGUCAUUAUGUCUGUGUGAACUGAUCUAGGAUCAGAUUACCCCCCCCUCUCUAUGGAAGUGUACGUGCGUAGCUACGGAGGCUGGAUGUUAUCAGUGAUGUUAUAAUGUGUUAUUGUUGUUGUAAUGUUUCUCUCUAGCUCUACUUUACUGAGAUGCCCUCUAUGGAUGUGUACGUGCGUAGCUACGGAGGCUGGAUGUUAUCAGUGACCUCCAGGCUUCAUGCUCACCUACUGACCAAGGAGCUGACCAGGGUCCAGGCUGAUUACAACCACACCUACCACUACGGAGUGGGUUACGACAGGUAGGUCAGAGUCCAGGCUGACUACAACCACACCUACCACUACGGAGUGGGUUACGACAGGUAGGUCAGAGUCCAGGCUGAUUACAACCACACCUACCACUACGGAGUGGGUUACGACAGGUAGGUCAUAGUCCAGGCUGAUUACAACCACACCUACCACUACGGAGUGGGUUACGACAGGUAGGUCAGGGUCCAGGCUGAUUACAACCACACCUACCACUACGUAAUGGGUUACGACAGGUAGGUCAGAGUCCAGGCUGAUUACAACCACACCUACCACUACGGAGUGGGUUACGACAGGUAGGUCAGAGUCCAGGCUGAUUACAACCACACCUACCACUACGGAGUGGGUUACGACAGGUAGGUCAGAGUCCACAGGCCUGAUUUACAACCCCGACACCUACCACUACGGAGUGGGUACGACGUAGGUCAGGGUCAGGUGAUACAACCACACCUACAUACGGAGUGGGUUACGACAGGUAGGUCAGAGCCAGGAGUCUAGGAGUGGGAGUAGGUCAUGGUCCAGGCCAACCACACCACUAGUAAUGGGUUACGACAGGUAGGUCGAGUCCAGGGUUAUAACCACACCUACCAAUGAGGGGUUAGGUCAGGUCCAGGCGAUUACAACCACUCCACUACGGAGGGGUACAGGAGGUCAGGUCAGGCGGUUACAACUACCUACACUACGGAGUGGGUUACAACAGGUAGGUCAGGUUCCAGGCUGUUACACCACCCACCAUACGGAGUGGGUUACAACAGGUAGGUCAGGUUCCAGGCUGAUUUCAACCACACCUACCACUACGGAGUGGGUUACAACAGGUAGGUCAGGUUCCAGGCUGAUUACAACCACACCUACCACUACGGAGUGGGUUACAACAGGUAGGUCAGGGUCCAGGCUGAUUACAACCACACCUACCACUACGGAGUGGGUUACAACAGGUAGGUCAGGGUCCAGGCUGAUUACAACCACACCUACCACUACGGAGUGGGUUACGACAGGUAGGUCAGGUUCCAGGCUGAUUACAACCGCACCUACCACUACGGAGUGGGUUACAACAGGUAGGUCAGGUUCCAGGCUGAUUUCAACCACACCUACCACUACGGAGUGGGUUACAACAGGUAGGUCAGGUUCCAGGCUGAUUACAACCACACCUACCACUACGGAGUGGGUUACAACAGGUAGGUCAGGGUCCAGGCUGAUUACAACCACACCUACCACUACGGAGUGGGUUACAACAGGUAGGUCAGGGUCCAGGCUGAUUACAACCACACCUACCACUACGGAGUGGGUUACGACAGGUAGGCCUAAUCUAAUCUCAGAUACACACACACACACAUUCUGAUCUCAGAAAUACACACACACCCCUCUCCCUCUCUCUCUCUCUCUCUCUCUCUCUCUCUCUCUCUCUCUCUCUCUCUCGCUUUCCACCCUCUCUCUCUCUCUUUCUCUCUCUCUCUCACUCUGUCUCUGUCCCUCUCUCUCUCUAUCCCACUUCCUAUGUGACCCCCCCCUCUCUCUUUCUUUCUCUCUCUCUCUCUCUCUGUCAGUAUUGAUUAUGUCCUGUGUUUCUCUCCAGUCCUCUGAAGCUGCUGAACAGACACAACGAGGUGUGGUACGUAGCUGAGGGAGAGGCCGUCUGCUCUGACCCCCAGGAACCAACCCCGCCACACACACCUACCCCCACACACACACCCGCCUCACACACACCCAACGCCACACACACACCCGACGCACACACACCCAACGCCACACACAACCCCCCCCAGCACCAUCUCUGACUCCCCCUCAGAUCUCCCCGCCAACCGGCCACCAACCCCCUCCCAGGCCCCCGAGGUGACCCCGUCUCAGAGCCCAGUGGUCGGGGAGACCCCCUCGGCCAACAGCUCUGACCCCCAGGCGGACAACCCCUGGAACAACACUGUAGAGGCCUCCCUGGAGGACACCCCCUCUGUUAACUCUGUAGACGGCCCCACUAACCUGAACCUGGCCUAG